CCCGGGCUUAGUCAGCUAGGUGGGCGUUCCUGUUCUUACGUCACGCGGUACCUGGUCAGCUGACCGGUCACACGGAUCUCGUGGCAUCAGGCGGUGCCUGCUCCCGGUGUCACGUGACGGCGGCGGGUGGAGCUGCUCGGUUGGUGCAGAGUGGUCGGUCGGGUGUGUGAACAUGAGCUUUCUAAGUGGUUUUUUUGGUCCGAUUUGUGAAAUUGAAGUUGUACUGAGUGAUGCAGAAUCAAGGAAGCAAUCUGAGAUUAAAACAGAAGAAGGAAAGAUAGAAAAGCAUUACUUGUUCUACGAUGGGGAAUCCGUAGCUGGAAAGGUCAAUAUUGUCUUCAAACAACUUGGUAAAAGACUAGAACAUCAAGGAAUUCGAAUUGAAUUUGUUGGACAGAUCGAACUUUUCAAUGAUAAAAGCAAUACACAUGAGUUUGUCAACCUCGUCAAAGAAUUAGCUUUACCUGGGGAGCUGACACAAAGCAGAAGUUAUGAUUUCGAAUUCAUGCAAGUUGAGAAGCCUUACGAAUCCUACAUAGGUUCAAAUGUUCGGUUGAGGUACUUUCUUAAAGUGACAAUAGUGAGGCGCAUUUCAGACUUGGUGAAGGAAUAUGAUCUGAUUGUCCAUCAACUCGCUACAUAUCCAGAUGUCAACAACUCCAUCAAAAUGGAAGUUGGAAUCGAGGACUGUUUGCACAUAGAAUUUGAAUACAACAAAUCUAAAUACCACUUAAAAGAUGUUAUUGUGGGAAAGAUCUACUUCCUGCUGGUCAGAAUAAAAAUCCAACAUAUGGAAUUACAGUUAAUAAAAAAGGAAAUUACUGGAAUAGGACCUAGUACUACAACUGAAACAGAAACUGUUGCGAAAUAUGAAAUUAUGGAUGGGGCACCUGUAAAAGGAGAGUCCAUUCCCAUCCGGCUGUUUCUGGCUGGUUAUGACCCUACACCCACAAUGAGAGAUGUGAACAAGAAGUUUUCUGUGCGCUAUUUCUUGAAUUUGGUCCUUGUGGAUGAGGAGGACAGAAGAUAUUUCAAACAACAGGAGAUCAUUUUGUGGAGAAAAGCGCCUGAAAAGAUUAGGAAAAGAACCAAUUUCCACCAACGCUAUGAGCCCAGUGAUCCGCAAGCAUCAGCUGAGGAGCCGGAGAUGUAGGAGUUUGUGUAGCCCACAAGAGAUGAAGGACAGAACCAGAUAGAACAAGGCCAAAUCUCCCAUUGUUUACCUUCAUCUGACACUGUUGUUCAUUAUACUACACUAAACAUUCUGCGGGUCUGUAUGUAAUUCCACUUGUACAUAUAUAAAUACCAAGUGCUUUUGCCGAAACACUGGACCUUUCUCAAACUAGCAUUUUAUAUAACUCUUUUAAUUUUGGGAUUCUGCAUUGAACAUGCAUCAAGCUAAAACAGGUGUCUCACUUUCUUUUCAUGCAUGUUAGAAUGAUGUAAAUGUAAACAAGAGCCUUAUUAUUUGUAUGUCAUAUCCACUUUAUUGCAUCGUUCAUCUUGCUGGAAUUCCAUCUUUAUUUUGUUUUGAACAGACAGGUCUUGCAUCACUGUGAAUCAUACCCAAAUUUAUAGGAUUCACUUUGGAAAUGAAGGCUUUAUUAAACAUUUUGAAGACA